UCUGUUGUAGGCGGCGAGAUAGAGAUACAAAGCGGCGAACACACAUUCCCAUUCCAAUGCGUUUUACCAACGAAUUUACCCAGCAGCUUCGAAUCGGACUUCGGGCACGUUCGAUACACCGUCAAGGCGACAUUGGAUCGUCCGUGGAAAUUCGAUCAAGAAGCAAAGAGCCCAUUUACAGUGAUCUCGCCUCUCGACCUUAAUCAAGAACCAAGAGCCUCGGAGAAAAUACAGGAGGAAAUGAGUAAGACUUUCUGCUGCUUAUGCUGCGGAUCACCGCCAUUGACUGUCAACUAUUCGCUGCCGGUCAGAGGAUACGUGCCAGGGCAAUCAAUGCCUGUAAAAGUAAAUGUCGAAAAUUCAUCCGGAGUCACCGUAGAGACUGUGAAACUGAUUUUGUGUAAGAUCGUGACUUUUCGGGCGACCACGCCGACCAGCGAUACCAAAACGGAAGAAAUCGUGAUAGCGGAGGUCGGGAAGGGACCAGUUGAGGGUGGAGCGGCUGCUGAUUAUGAACAGAAGCUCGAUAUUCCACCAUUGCCUCCAUCGAAUCUCGCCAACUGCGGGAUAAUCGACCUGGAAUACAAUCUUAAAGUCGUUGCCUGCGUCUCAGGAUGGUAUCAUCGAAAUUUGUCGAAGAAUAGUCUGAUAUUUGUGGGCACUGUUCCAUUGGUGAGUUACCAAACACCAAGCGCUCCACCGGCCGAGGUAUCUCCAACGAAGCCGCAAAUCGGCUGGUCCGCCUCUGGCAUUCCAGUCUCAGGCCCUGACGGGUCACCCGUAAACAAUUUAUACCCCAAUUUGCCACCACCUUCGUACGAGGAGUCGACCAACGGUGCCAGAAGCCUUUGGGAACGGGGCGAAUCCGACCACAUUUUCGGUAUAUCGAAUCGUUUUGCGCCUAAAUAUCCGGUCUACAAUUUUGCACCGAUUCAAUAAAUUUAUAACGAAUCUACGUAAGAAUCAGGGGAAAUCUAAAUUAUUAUUAUUGUAAUACUUGUUACCGGGCAUUGUGAUUAGUCUUGAAAGUUGCUUGUUUCGAACGAACAAUAUUUUACGGUCAAUUACGACGCACAAUUAGGAAACUGACACGAGAAAUAAAUAUUGUGAUCGAUUAUUAAUAUAAAGCGUAUAUUUCUGUUUUUAAAGCGCUGGCUAUAUUUUUCUAUACGCGUUUCGUAUAACGAAACAU